UCUUCUGUUUUAUAUAUGAUAUUGUAUGUUCAUACACAGAAGAAUGAGAGUCGCUGAAUGAGCUACUUGAUAAGCUUCGUGAAGACGAAGGGCACGCAUACACACGCAGGACCUCCUAAACUGCAAACGCGCAUCAUGGCUUCUAAAGACGACGUUCCUGCGGGCUUUGUGAGCGUGAGCUUGGAGAUGACAGAAAGCAUCAAACGAGCAAUUUGCAAACCAUCCAUCAAGUCGACACAAGCAGUCAAAGUAGAAAACAAGAUCGGAAAAUUGGAAGACAAGAUUUUGGUUUUGGCCAUGUGGCGGCUCUACCUCAUGACUCCUAAACUACCAACCAAGGUAGAGCAAACAUUUAACUUCCUGGAGGUCCGUGCGAUGAGCCCUCAGCCAGAAAACCAGGUGGCAAUAGACACAGAAAAGUCCACCUACAUCAUUAGGCUGCAGUCAAGUGAUCACAUGGAUCAGCUGCUUAGCCAUGUGAGCUAUGCUCUCUCAUGCAUCUUCAAUAAUUCCAUUUACGCUCCCUCUAUCCUUCAAACAGAUGGUUAUGUUCCUGACGGGAGGCAUAAGUAUUCUCCAAGCUCGGAAACCUCAGUAGAGGCCCAGAGAGCAUGUGGUGGCUUCUCUGAGACCUACUCAGCUCUUUGUGAUUAUAAUGGUGUUUUGUGCAAAGAGGAAGUGAAAUGGGAUGUAGACACUAUAUAUCACUCCCAGGACAACAGAGAAUUAAAUCUUUUGGACUUUAGUCACCUGGAGAGCAGGGACCUUGCAGUAAUUGUUGCAUCCUUGGCAUAUAACACAUGGUUCACCAAGAUUUAUUGCAAAGACUUACGCUUAGGCUCAGAGGUUGUGGAACAGGUUCUUCACACAGUAAGCAAAUCCAGCAGCCUGGAGGAACUCACAUUGGAGAACACAGGCCUCAAAGCAGAUUUCCCUCAGAAAAUGGCUGUGGCUUUAUCAGAAAACCCAGCAUCCGUGAUUCACUCCCUCAACCUAUCCCACAACACUUUUGACAAUCAAGCUGUGUCAAAUCUCAUCCAGCAGGUGUAUCGUCUCAGCAAAGGGCUUUGCCUGCUCAAUCUCUCCAAGACCACACUCUCCUCUAAGGGUGUGGGAUCUUUGUCUCAGGCUCUGUGCUCCAGUAAUGACUACUUGAACUCUCUUUUGCAUCUUGACCUAAGCAAGAACCCAGGGAUUCUUUCUGGCGAGGAUGCUACGAACCUGUAUCUGUUCUUGGCUCAGCCCAAUUGCUUGGUGCAUUUGGAUCUCUCAGGCACAGACUGUGCAGUGGACACACUUUUCAGUGCUCUUCUCCGGGGCUGCUGUGCUGAUCUGUCCUACUUAAAUCUCUCAAAAAACUGUUUCUGUCACAGGAAAGUAAAAGAGACACUUCCCACAUUCCGUCAGUUCUUAAGCUUGGUGUUCAGUCUAAGCCACCUUAGUCUGGCCUCAAUGAAGAUGCCUCCAGAAGUGCUCAGGGAUCUCUUUCUGGGACUGUCGUCCAACCCUCACAUUACUGACUUGCACUUGGACAUCAGUGGUUGUGAGCUUAGGUCAGCAGGGGCAGCAGUGAUGCAGGAACUGUUACCCCAAGUAUCCUGCAUCAGUACAUUGGACAUAUCAAAUAAUGGUUUAGAUGCUGAUUUUCUCUCAGUCAUCCCAGCUUUCUCAAGACAUCCCUCCCUUAAGCAUCUUAUGCUGGGCAAGAACUUCAAUGUCAAGGGCAGGAUACUGGAUGAAAUUCUACAAAGACUGGUGCAACUAGUCCAAGAAGAAGAGUGUGGUCUACAGUCUUUGUCUCUAGCUGACUCCCGACUGCGUUCCCGGGGAACAGUGCUAGUGAAUGCACUAGGCAGUAAUGCAUGUCUCAGGAAUGUGGACAUAAGUGGCAACCUCCUGGAGGACACAGGUGCCAGGAUGUUGAGCAAGGCCUUGCAGAUUAACACCACUCUCAGGAGUGUAACAUGGGAUCGGAACAAUACUACAGCUGCAGGGUUUCAAGAUGUGGCCCGUUCUCUACAGCACAACUUCACACUGCAGUUCAUGCCUUUACCACUUAGUGAUAUUACACAGGCAUACCGCAGUGCCCCAGAGAGGACAGAACUGGCUGUGAUGAAGAUCCAAAAGGCAUUGUUAAGAAACAAUCAGACUCAACGGUUCUCUCAGAAGCAGGCUCUCCGACUGCACCAGGGUCUUGUUACAAGUACUACUGAGCAGGUUAUGGAACGACUGUGUGCUCGUGUACAGCAGCAAGUGUGUGUUCUGAGAGGAGCAGGUGAGGCAGAAGAGCUGCAGGCUGCCAGACAAAUUUUAAAGGAGGCCAGAAACUCUCGUGCUCUAUACCCAUCUCUGUGUGAACUGGCUCAUGUAUUUUCUGCGGACGGGCAGGUCAGACAGAAACUGGAGUCUCUUACUGCAGAAUUGGCUACAGCUGCUGACAAAGAGCUACAAGUUAUUGUGGACUCCAUGGUAUCUCUAUGUCAGGAACUGUGUCCACUCUCUUGCACUGCAGAGCAUCUUGCUCCUCUUCUGUCCACUGUUUCUGAGCAUGUGUCCAUCCCUCGUUCUGCCAUCCGUUCUGCACUGAUGGAGAAAGCAGCUGAUGAUAUCCAUCAAGCUCUGGAAGAGGUGAAGCUGUCAGUGGUUUCAUAUCUCACCAACUCUGUCGUCGACCAGAUUCUUCAGGACCUCUACUCCACUCACAAGACAUUGCUUCAGCAUGUGGCUGAAAUACGGCAUAUGGACGACAGCGCCACGAUGCGUCCCAUGCUUCAGUAUGCUGACAAUACAGACAUUGUUGAAGAUGAUAACAGCAUUAACAUAGAUACAAUAGCCAUAAAGCAGCAUAGCUCCAGAACCCGACGCAUUCGUCCUGUAUCCACCAGACCAAGUCUAGAUGAUGAGACCAGUACAACUCCUAUGUUUUCUGAACCUCAUCAGACCGCUCAGUUAAAUUGUUUACCCUCCUGGGAAAAUCUGUCAGACCUGCCUACCCAGGGUACACCUCUUCAACAUGUGACCUCCAGCAGACCCCAUCCUCCAAGAAGGCACAGGCCUGGGCAUGCCCCUCAAGAGAUGCAUUCUUCUGAGAAUGGUGGAGUGAACUUACUGGAUAAUGGAAUGCCUGAUUCCUACAGCAAGAGGGUCUUGGAAAGUCAACCGUCCUCUCAGCAGUACAGCCAGAUUCUGAGGCAAAAAAAGAGACCAAAGGUGUUGUCUUUUUUGUCUGGCUUCAGGAAGAGCCGCUGUAAUGAAUCGUAUCAGGAUUCAGAAGCUACAAGCCAGACUGGGACAUGUGGGAAUCGGUGUCGCACAAAUGACACCACUGAGAAUCUGUACUCUGAGAUUCAAAAGGAUCGCAAGAAGGCAGAGCCAGUAUUGACAGAAACCAAUAGCAGCCCUGGAGCUCAAAGAGCAUCUCAGCCAUCACCCUGUCAAACAUUUCAGGCCAUACCACUGCCAAGGAUGCGGGGAGUGACUCCUUCCUGCACCAUAAAGAAAGAAUUCUCUGAUUACAGUGAAGUAUUAGGCUCCACUGAAGAUGUCACUUUCAUUAUUGAAGAUUUACCUAGACUGCCUGACAGGCACACUGAAGGACAGAAUGUCUGUAAGCUCUUUCACAAAGAGUCAGAUGUAGAGGGUUUAAACUCACCAACUUCUGAACUGAAGACGGAAGAAGUAAUUGAGUCCCAGGCUCAUGAGAGUAAGCAGAGACCACAACCUCCCCCUCAGAGCAGCAAGCCAAGACUGUACAACGCAAGACAGUGCCAUCUGGAGGAGAAUUGUGAAUCUACAGAGGAUAUUCAAGAAAAGAGAAAUUACAGCAAUGCAAAAAAGGAUGACAUAUGUCCAGAGGAGCAACAGCAAAAGUCAGAGCAACAAACUCCUCCUAUUAUUGAACAGUUCAAAUCACAGGCAGAUACUUCCCCUGAAAAAUAUCCCACCCUCACUCCUUCAUUCCAUGCACACUUUGAAAAUAAAGUACCACCUCCAGUUCCACCUGCCAGAGGCAAGCCUGUAACUGGAUGGAUUGAUUCUCCAUUUAUUCAAGAUUAGCAAACAGCAAAGCCAUGCAGCAGUAAAUUCUCCUGAUGCUGCUUCAUCAAGAGAGAUAAAUGAAGGAAACAAGAGAUUGCAA